AUGUCUACCGACAGGAAAAAUGCGAAAAUGGCCGAAGAGACGCGGCGCGAACUUAGAAGACGUCUAGAGAAGAGGGCGAUCGAAGAGAACUGGCCGGCCAAAGAUCACGACAUCCUGGAAGGUAGCUUCAAGGAUGCCGGAAACAUUUGGAUCCAUCUCCACAAGUUGUCAAAGGAUGAAAAGAACGAGCUCUCCUUCUGGCGGAUUUGUGACUGCAAUAAGCAACACGGCAAGGAGGAGCCACAGAACCUCGAAAAGAAGACCAGCCUUUCCGAGGCUUUCGCUGGCAUUACAUGGGCUGAUGGCAAGAUCAAAGCACUUGCGAAGUACUACUUCAUGGUUCAGUGUGACGUUCCGUUUCCAAUCAAUAAGACGUUCGUCAGCGAUGUCGUGGCCGAGGUCGCACGCAAGGCACCAGCAUCCCCUUACCGCGAGAAGUCGCCGGGCGCCCGAACGAAGGCAGAGGCGCUCAGGCGACUAUUCCCACCUGAGCAGGAUGCAGACCAUUCAGCGUCGGUAGGCGCGGAUGACAGCCCUACGAGAGGUAGGGCCAAAAGCGGGCCCGGUCUUGCUCGGGUUAUCAAGAAAUCAGUGCAGGUUUCAGAGGCCGAUGAAAAGAGAAAAGAAGGCUCUGGGUUCAGCAACGAGGUCGGGCCGAACAGUACGGAUCUUUCAGCGUGGACAGUGGACUAUAUUGAAAGGGAGAUCAAGAAGGUUCGGAACAAACGCGGCAGAGGAAGAUCAAUAGGGGUGGGGACUAUGCGCCGGUUUAGUAAUUCGAAGUGUUGGAAUUAUCUGCAAGGAAACUGGGACUCUGCGAUGGGGAGAAAGUUGGAAUUAGGGUAG